CUUCCCUUGCACGUGUUCCUGCGACCGCGCACCUUUUUUCUGCACAAAGUACGAAAAUACUCUUUUAGAGAGACGUACUACAUUGGAAGAAGAAGAAGAAGAAGAAUGUGAAAACCGUGAACUGGUCUAUUCACCAGUAAAACUCUUCUACCCGUGACCUUGUGAACACGCAGAGAGCAGCAAUACGCACGCACAGUUCGGGAGAAGGUGUACGGUCUGGCGUUUUGUUCGUACCGCCAGAAGCGAACGAGGCGCCAAACGUUGCGCAUGGUAUAUACACGUUAAUUAUUCGGACUCACAAUAUUUGUUUUUGGUCCUAGAUUUGAGGAACAAAAUUAAAAUGGCGUCGAAUGAAAGUGAUCUUGUCCUGAUGCAGCUUCAGGCUGAAUUCGACUAUCUCAAGGAAAACACGGACCACUUUUUCCUCGUCGUGAUGUCCUGCAUUAUCUUUUUGAUGCAGUUGGGGUUCGCCUUCUUGGAAGCGGGAUCGGUACGGUCCAAAAACACCACCAACAUCCUUUUGAAGAAUAUGCUUGAUGUCUGCAUAGGGGCGGUAGCCUACUGGGGUGUUGGAUAUGCCUUCGCUUUCGGAAAAUCAUCCAAUCCUUUCAUCGGCUAUAGGAAUUUCUUUUUCGAAGACAUGGUUCCAUCCGACUAUUCGCAUUUCUUCUUCCAUUUCGUGUUCGCCGCUACGGCUGCCACUAUCGUCUCCGGCGCGAUGGCGGAGCGAACCGAGUUCGCAGCCUACUUCAUGUAUUCGUCACUAAUAACGGGAUUCAUCUACCCGGUGGUGACUCACUGGGCGUGGUCAUCCGAUGGUUGGCUUGGCAACAGUGGAAUAGAGAUCGCCGAUGGAACUUAUUUGGCUUUUAAGGAUUUCGCAGGAAGCGGCGUCGUUCACUGUGUCGGAGGCACAGCUGCUUUGGUCGGAGCGACCAUCUUGGGUCCUCGUAUCGGGCGCUACGACGCGAAUGGGAAACUGGUCGUUAUUGCCGGGCAUACUGUACCGAUGGUUUCACUUGGCGGUUUUAUUCUAUUCUUUGGCUUCUUCGCGUUCAACGGCGGCUCUCAAGGAAGGAUAUCUGGCGAAGGAGACGGGGAGGUGGUUGCCCUUGCCAUCGUCAAUACUAUCAUUUCUGGCGCUUUUGCCGCCCUCACGGCUAUGAUUUGCCGCCGCGUUGGUUUCAGCGGGAGCUACUGGUCGUUGCUAACAACCAUCAACGGUGGUCUUACUGGAAUGGUGGCCAUAUGUGCAGGAUGUAAUGUGGUUUAUGCUUGGGGAGCAGCGGUCAUAGGAACGAUAGCUGGUGUUACUUAUAUUCUCUGGAGUUCAGCAGUCAUCCGGAUGCGAAUAGAUGAUCCACUGGACGCAGUAGCCGUUCACCUAGGAGGUGGUUUCUGGGGAGUUUUAGCGGUCCCUAUCUUUGACAUGAAUGAUGGAAUCCUCUUCAACAUCACAAGCAGGGUGCCAUGGAUGCAUUUUGCUUGGAAUCUCCUCGGAGUCGUGGCGAUAUUCGUGUGGACCGCUCUUCUCUCCUUCUUCAUGUUUGGAAUCUUUAGAUGUCUGAAAAUUCUCCGAGUUGACCCCGAGAUAGAGAAGAAAGGUUUGGAUAUUCCGAAGCAUGGCGAGCCGGCCUAUCCUCUGGCAAGCUACGGUAACGGCUGGGAGGAUGAAUCGGUCAUCGACGCUUCUCCAGUACGACCACCACCUAGCUACAAGAUGAACGGUAAUAGCCAUGAUAACAAGGCUUAUAGCCUCGGUGAAACGCAGAACUCUGUUGAUCAUGAACACAUCCAAAUCGACGAUACUCCAAGGGUCCAGUUUGAUUAGACCAUUUUCGUAAUUUAAAGGGAUAGUUGAGUUUUGUUGCAGAGGGCGCUACACAAAA